AUGGCAGCAUCAGCCGCGCUCCCUGGUCUCUUUUUCUGCCUUGCGGCAAUGAUACUCCUCAUUCUUGUUUCUGUGUCAUCACCAACGUUGAACAGCAUAUCCUUUCUUAAUGCCGACCAAUAUUCCUUUGGUGUAUUCGGUUAUACGGGCUCAAAGGUUCAAGUUGGUUACUACUUCCCCCUCCCGGGAGACGUCAACACAGCAAUCCUUCACAAUCUUACCUUCGUUCUCAUACUUUACCCAAUCGCCGCUGGUCUUUCCGGUCUUGCAUUCCUAUUCGGAGUGUGUGGGGCUGGAUAUCAUCGUGUGGGCACCGUCUUUAUGAGUUUCCUCGCUGGACUCGCGACACUGUGCACUUUGAUUGCAUGGAUCAUUAGCAUGUCUUUAUUCGGUGUCGUCAGAGAUCGUCUGAGAAGCAAUGGCAUCGAUGCGAAUUGGGGAAAUGCGAACUGGCUUGCGCUUGGCGCGCUGGUUGCGCUGCUUCUAGGCUCCUGUACUGCAGCCUGUGGAGUAUUUGGGCACUAUAGGCGUUCGAGGAACUAG